AUCCUCCUCUCAGUCCUCGCCUUCACAAGCAGCUCAGACCCUUGGACCACCACCCUCGCACGAACUCAAGCACACAGCUUCCUCUCCCAGCACACCUCACAAACGCGCUCCGCCUCCUUCCUCGUCACCUACCUCCUGCAAUCCGUCAUCCGUCCCUUAUUCUCGAAAUCCCGUCCCAGCACCGUGACUUCAAGUGGCAGGAAAGCGAUGCCCAGCUCCCUACCACCGAAACACCACGAUUUCACCACUGAACAGACAAGCAAGCCAUGGAAAUAUGAGGCUCCGUAUUCUCUUGCUCUUCUCGAAUUUUGCGUCGAGAAUGCUUCCGAGGAGAUCAUAAAACAACACUGGUCCCUCCUGGUACCACCCUUACUCACCCUCCUUGACGACAAUUCGACCCACAUCCGCUCUCGGGGCCUCGCCAUUACCUCCUUAUUCCUCCCCAAACUUCCUCACAAAAUCCUCAUCCAGUCUGGCCUGGACUCUGUAUUUGAAGAAGCGAUCAUGCCGUCUUUAAGUUGGCUCCCAAGUCUCACGCCUCUGGGCGAGAGUCUCGAAAUAUUGCCUGCUGCUUAUGGAGCUUUGUAUGCUUUGUGUGAUGCGCGGUAUCCAGCCCCACAGACUCCCCCACACUCUCCUUCUCCGCUUCAUCAAGAUGAGAAAGAGAGGACGAAGAAAGAGCGCCUGAAAUUCUUUGACAAACUUAUGAGACAGGGCAUCUUCGCUGGCUGUUCCUAUGCCUCAUCAUACCCUGAUAUCGUCUCCUACCUCAUCGAAGAAAUGGGUAAUAUAGUUGCCAGAAUGGGUAUUCGCUCCGUCAAGCAUCUCAAAGACAUCCUCCCCAUCCUUUGCACCGCUCUCUGCGAUCCAUUCGCCACCUCACACGAGCAUCUCCUUUCACAAACUGUCAACACGCUCCAAGUUGUUAUCUUGAACUGCUGGCCGAGGAUGCAAGAAGAGGGCCAUAGGAAUGAGAUCGUUCGAUCUCUCGUCGUGUGCUGGAAGGGUGUUUCUCAGGCAAUACAGGAAGAGGGCGAUAAGGCGGAGGAAGGAAAGCAGUGUGAAGACUGUGGAGAGGUAGACGGGAAUACUCUGGGCAAUGUGAGGAAACAGAUUGCGGUGGCAGGACGAUUACUGGUAAAGGCUGUUGAAGGGGAGGUCGAUAUGCAGACCACACUUGCUCCUCUGCUUGCCGUUGAUCAAGAGUUAGUGGAAGACGUUUUCGGCAUCACUGGUGCCACGCGCAGUAAACAAUAG